ACCAAUGUCGAGGUGAAACGGACAGGAUGACGUAGGCAGACAGUGCGUGACGCGCUUUCUGCUUCAACAGAACCCACCAGCAGGGGGCACGUGACCUCCAGUAUAAUGACAGCAGAGGACUGUCACGUCGGUACCGAAUAAAACACCUUCUCAGGUAGGGUCAUGGGACCAGACGGGGCCCCUGGUGCCGCUGUGCCAUGGCGGAAGGUUCUGUGGGAGCGCCAGCCGUACCCCGACAACUACGUGGACCAGCGGUUCCUGGAGGAGCUGCGGAGGAACGAGGGCCUUCGGCAGUACCGGUACUGGGCCGUGGUGAGGGAGGCGGGCUUCGUCGGGGAGCAGCUGUCCUGCGUGGCCAUCUUCAUCACGCUGUGGCUCUACAUGGAGCAGAGUCUGCUGUCCCCGGAGACGCUGCUGUGGACCAGCCUGGUCUGCGCCCUGCUGGGUUACGGCCUCCACCGCGCCCUCUCGGCCCCGCCCCAGACGGGCUGCGAGCCCCGGACCCGACUGGCCGACCUGCAGAGCGCCGCCAUCUUCCUCUCCUUCACCUUCGGCUUCUCCCCGGUGCUGAAGACGCUGACGGAGUCGGUGAGCACGGACACGGUGCACGCCAUGGCGGCCGUGAUGCUGCUGGCCCACCUGGUGACGUUCCCCUACGCUCGGCCCGCCCCCCCCGGCAGCGUCUCCCUGAACGCCGCCCUGUUUGCCUCGGUGUGUCUGGCCUCUCGGCUGCCCGGCGCCCUGCACACCUUCGCCAUGCUGAGCUGCGCCCUGCUGGUGUUCGCCCUGUGGCCCUGCCUGCUGCAGAGGCUGCGGGGCGGCGCCCCGGGACACUUCACCGCCGUGUGCGCAGGGGUCUGCGUGGUGGGGGUGGCCGGUCUGGGGUCACGGUGCCCCGGGGGGGCCGCCCUCAUGGCCCUGGCCCUGGGGAGCGUCACGCUGCUCUGCCCGCUGCUGCUGGUCAGGCUGCAGAGGCACAAGGACAACAUCCAGGGGCCCUGGGACGAGGCCGAGAUCCACGAGGAGCUCGGCCACCUCGCCCAGUGAGGGGCCGGACCAGUGAGGGGCCCGGACCAGUGAGGGGCCUGGACCAGUGAGGGGCCCGGACCAGUGAGGGGCCCGGACCAGCCGGGUCAGGAAGAGGAUUUCAUAUCUACGGUCAACACGUCCUCUGAAGGAGAAUAUGAAGACGGUUUUUAAGUGUUGACCUCUGACCUCACCAACAUGCUGUGAUGACCUUUUCUCACUGGACCCCUCUGAUAUGGAUGUUUUUUAUUAUGCAGUAUAAAUAAGCGGAAGCCAAAUGGUGUGCAAAUUAUUUAAGAAAAAAGUUGGAACGGUUUCUGACGACAGUUAAAUGUAAAAAGUAUUUUAGUGGCACAUGAUGCAUUAAUAAUUGAUUCUGUUGCCAUGUUAUUUGUGGACUGAUUGCUGGUCAGAUUAAAACAGUAUCUGAAGAUGCCUUUCAAUAUGGUAUCAUUUAUCAAACUAUUCUAAUUUACUCAAUACAAAACAUACAGAAGCCCAUAGCUCUAUAUCUAUAAAAAUGUAUAAAUAAAGUAAUGAGUAAUCACUGA